CUGGUGUUGUGGGACGCGCACGGCGCACUUUUGCCAUUACUCGCAAUUGCGCGCACUUAAAUAUACAGAUAGCCGUGUGGCUGCAGCGAGACUACUGUCACUGCGCGAGCACUAGCCUCAGGAGAGCUCGACUGAUGGGGGGUAUAGGUGCAGUGCUGCAUAUUGCGGUCGGGGGGAGACACACAUCGCGCGCAGCCCCUUAUACGCUUUUUCGACGCCUUUGGCGAUGAUGAUGAUGAUGAUAACGAGAUUGGAUGAGAUGAGGAGUUGUUGUAAGAUUUUGACGAAAUGGACCGAGAGGUGAUGCAGCAGUUGCUUGGGUGGAUUUGAUAUUUUGAAUUAGAGCUUGCGAGCAUGUUCUUCUUAUGAUUUUCGAAUUUAUAUAUACUCUACAUACGAAGAUCUUGUUGUGUUUCACUGUGAAUUAGUAUAGACGCAUUGAUUUUCGUUUUACUGUAGAACAGGAAGUAUAUAGGUGUGUAAUUGGAGUAUGUAUGGACAGGUAACACGCCCUUGUUGCGCGGCAUACUAUGGAAAGAAUAUGUCAAUGCAGGCGCGCUACUUGUUCUUUCAAUGGGUCACGCGCGCGUGUAUUUGUUAACGGCUAUAUAUAAAGAGCUUUUAACGAGACCCCCUUUUUCGCCUACCCAACUUUGACCAAUUCAAUAUCCGAUUCAUGCGGACGAAGUUAUUUUUAAUUCAAGCUUAUGAUUUUCGACGCUGCGAAGAAAUUCAUUACUUUAUAUUACUGAACUUCAUGUUAACAAUUAAGUCUACAGUUGUUCAUUUGUCAAUGUGACAAGCGAAAAGCUUUCAUCGCCUGCAAAGAUUUUUCAAUUGUUAUAUUCAAAUAAUACUAACAUCAUCAAUUUGCAAUUAAUAAAAUAAUAGUUAUGUUUAUAAACCGUUACUCCCACAGUUCUACUGUCUGUGUCCCACCAAAAUUCGUAAUUCUCACAAAUUACAGUAAUUCACCUGUAGACGGCGCCACAAUGCAAGGACUAUCUAAGCCUCAGUGUGUGGUUUAUGCUGUAAAGUACAAACACGGUAUUAUUUAGAGUAGCUAUUUAGCGUUUUCCGCAGCUUUUGCGGUCGGCUUACGUUAUUUUCUUGAGUGAUAUUUACAAAAUUCAUAAAACACAAUGCCGUACGCUAAUCAACCGACGGUGCACAUUUCCGAAUUGACGGAGGAGAAUAUAAAGUUUCAGGUGGAAGAUACCGAACUCAGUGUAGCAAACAGCAUGAGACGAGUGUUUAUAGCGGAAACCCCUACAAUGGCAAUUGAUUGGGUACAGAUAGAAGCUAACUCAACAGUACUUAGUGAUGAAUUUUUAGCUCACAGAAUUGGCAUGAUCCCUUUGAUAAGUGACGAAGUUGUGGACAGAAUCCAGUAUACAAGGGAUUGCCAAUGUAUGGACUUUUGCCCGGAGUGCUGUGUUGAAUUUACUUUGGAUGUCAAAUGUUCAGAUGAAACAACAAGGCACGUCACUACAGCUGAUCUGAAAUCUAGCGAGCAGAGAGUAGUACCAGUAACAUCUAAGCACCGUGACGAUGAUGCAAAUGAAUAUGGAGAGACAGAUGAAAUCUUGAUUGUAAAAUUACGUAAAGGACAAGAAUUAAAACUAAGAGCAUACGCAAAGAAAGGUUUUGGCAAAGAACAUGCAAAAUGGAAUCCAACAGCAGGAGUCAGCUUUGAAUAUGAUCCAGACAAUUCCAUGAGACAUACAUUGUUCCCAAAGCCUGAUGAAUGGCCGAAAUCGGAAUAUAGUGAAUUAGAGGAUGGCCAAGAUGAAGCACCAUUCAACUGGGAAGCCAAACCAAACAAAUAUUUCUUCAAUGUAGAAAGCAGUGGUGCCUUGAAGCCAGAAAAUAUUGUUAUGAUGGGAAUUGCAGCAUUAAAAAACAAAUUGUCCAAUUUGCAAACCCAACUGAGUCAUGAAGUGCAAAAUGAUGCUCUCAGUAUUCAUCAUUAGUUGACAUUUAUUAAUUUUAUAAAUAAUUAAUAUGAUAUUUUGUAUAAAUAAAUUCAUUCCAUAUAUAUAUAU